AUGCAGAGCCCUGGAGGAGAGGGACGAGGGGAAGAAACCCUCAGUCCAGAAGGGAGAGACAGCGAGCAGCAGGAUGGAGAAGACAAAGCAGCAGAGGACUGUGGAGUCAAUGUGCCACCUGCUACAGAGGGUGGCUCACAGGAUCAGUCAGGACCAGAGCCUGAUGACCCGGUUCCUCAGUAUCACCCUGAACUCACCAGUGCUGAUGAAGACCCCACUGCAGAUAGACAUUUAGAGCAAGAAAAUCUUGCCCAGGUUUUGUUCACACCCCCUCUAUCAAACCUUAACACACCAGAGCCCAUGGAGGAUCAGGAGCAGCUGAUGGAGGAUGAAGAUGAUGAGGAGGAGUUUAUCGUUCUUGAUGCUGAUCAUCCUCUGGUUAGAAGACAACAAGCUGCUCUGACCAGCCAGCUCAGCAAGCAACUGGAGAGGCUCAACCUGGGAAUAAGAGAAAAGCUGGUGAAAGAGAAGACAGACACCAGCAUCAUACAGGAUAUAUGUUUAGAGAUGUUUGGGGUUCAGGAGCAGCUGGUCAAACUACAGACCAGGCUAGACGACCGUAAUCAGAACAAGGCCCAGGCUGAAGCCAGACACCAACAGGCACAGGAUCAGCUGGAGGCAAUGAAGAGCGAGUAUUCCAGUAAUACCAACCAGGAGAGUAAAGCCAGAACCUAUGUGUCCCAGCUACAGGUGGAGAUAGACAACCUGGCGCUGCACCUCAUCUUCACACAGGGAGUCAGUGAAGAGCUGCACUCUAACGUCAAAUCCAUGAAAAAUGCCACACGCAAAGCUGGAGCUGAGAAAACACAGGCUGAAGAACAGAAACUCAAACAGGAUAUGUAUGUGGAUCGUUUAACGAAGGAUAUGGAGAGACUGACACAGCAGAUAGCCAUUUAUGAGGCCCAGACCAGUGCCCAAGCAGAGGAGACACAGGCAGCCAAAGAGGCCUUCUCUGAGGCCGAGAUGGAAAUGGAGUCUCUGCUCAUGGCGCGUAAACAGCUGCUGCAGCAGUGGAACAGCAGUCUGGUGGGGAUGAGGAGACGAGACGAGGCCUUCAGCGCCAUGCAGGAGGCCGUACGCAUGGUCGAGCAUCAGGUGAUUCUACUGGACAGAGAGAUGGAAGGCUACAAGAAAUUCAUCACCGAGGAGCAGGAGCAAAACGAGACGCUGACGAUGCAGCUGAACUGGUCCCAGAUGGAUGUUGCCACCUCCAAAAAGUUCAUCAGUCAGAAGCAGACCCAGCAAGAAGCUCUGCAGGCCCACUACAGCACCUGCCUCCGCACUCUGCGGGAGACAGAGCGCACCCUCGCCAGGCUCACGAAGGAAACCACUACCCACCAGACUGAAGCGAACGAUCAAAGGAGGCAGAUAGAGAAAGAAAGUGCUGUGCGUCUGGCUUUAGAGGACAAGAUAAUGACUCACAUACAGCAGAAACUCACCCAUAACAUGGCUGCCAAGUACUCUCAACGGCUCACCGACAAGAUAGUCACACUCAAGAAGGACAAGAUCUCUCAGCUGUGGCAGCUGGAGAGCGAGAUAGUGGCUGUGCGCCUGGAGAGCAGCAUGAUAAGUCAGCAUCUGGACAGCCUGGCCUUCACUCAGGAAGCGGUAGACGAUGAGAUCUCAAAGUACAACAAGUUGCUCUCGUCCAACCAGGCUAAGAUGUCUUCCUUUCUUAUACUCAUUGGACAAAAGCAGACCACCAUCACCAACUUCACCAAAAGGAUCUAUCAAAUCGUGGCCAGCACUGGGCAUGAAGAUCUCAGUCCCCUGCAAAUCCAGGCAGACGCAUUAACGGAUCAGCUUGAGGAGCUUGCAGCGGAUAUAAAGAGUAAACAGCAGCUCUGGAUGAAACGGCAGGGGAUACUGGUAGGAAUGACCCAGGAGAUACAGGCCAACAGAAAGGACAUGUUCAAACUGCAGACAGAGUACACCAGCAUGCAGCAGAAGAAAAUUCGUCUGGAGAGUCAGAUUGAAGUACAGCACCGUGAGGAGUCGGAGCUGGAGAAGAACACAAAGAUAAUUAAAGAAGACCUGGUGAAGCUCAACACCCUGCUGAGCAAGAACGGACAGCUGAGCCAGGCCCUGGAGCAGGACAACGCACUGACGGAAACAGACUUCCUUCACAGACUGAAGGAGGCAGAGCGGGAGUCCAUAGAGAUGCAGAUGAAACAGGAGAAGACCCAGGAAGAAAAAGAGAGACUCCUCAACAGUUUGGUGGAGGCUGAGCGGCAGAUCAUGCUAUGGGAGAAGAAGACACAGCUUGUAAAAGAGACCCGGUCAGCUGUGGACUCUGGUGUGGGAGACAUGCAGAUGAUGAAGACUGAGAUACACCGUAUGGAGGUGAGACUCAGCCAGCUGAUGAAGCAGCAGGAGCGGCUGCUGAGGGAGAGUGAAGACACAGUGGCGAGGAGGGAGACCAUUGUGUUUCGCAAGGAGGCCAUGGCUCACAGCUCUAACAAACAGACCACAAAGGCCGAGCUGAUCCGCAUCACCCAGGGCCUGCAGCGCAAGAUCCAGGAAACACACAAGCAUGCUAUAGAGUGUGAGCGAGUGAUAAGAGACCUACAGAAGAGCCAGGUGAGUCUGAGUGACAGGCUUGCACAGCAGAAGCAGCAGCUGAUAGAACUGGGAGGUAAAAACUGCCUCCUUGACCCUGACUUCGUAAAUCUUCAAGACACCAAAGACAGGAACCUUUCACACCUGGUGGCACUGCAGAGCAAGACCAAGAAGCUGCAGGGGGUGUGUGAGGGUAGCUACCAAGCCUCAUCUACCAGCGAGUCCGUGGGAGCCGCUCUGCAGAACCAGACGGAGCGUGUGCACGCCGUCGACACUAUUUUGCAUCGCACGUGUGAGGAGUUCCCUCAGCACCAGGGGGCGUUCCGCAAGCUGUUGCUAGCGCUGGCAGUACGCACACAGGCCCUGGAGCAGGAGACGUCCUGAGAUUGAGGGGAAGAUUUAGACAUGGCAGUGAGUACAGGACACGUGCAGAGGGAGGGAAAGUG